UCUGCCGUCCGACAGCUUAGGUCUUAAUGAAAUUGCAAUAAAAGAAACAGUUGGGACUUCAAUAUGGCUUUCCAUGUGGAGGGACUGGUGGCCAUAGUUGUCUUCUACCUGGCUAUCCUGGCAGUAGGGAUAUGGGCUGCUUGGAAAACCAAGAACACUAGCAGUGAAGGAGACCGCAGCGAAGCUAUUAUAGUCGGUGGAAGAGACAUUGGCUUGCUAGUUGGUGGAUUUACAAUGACCGCCACAUGGGUAGGAGGUGGUUACAUCAAUGGAACAGCAGAAGCUGUGUAUGUCCCAGGCUACGGUCUAGCUUGGGCUCAGGCACCUAUUGGAUAUUCCCUUAGCCUGAUUUUAGGUGGCCUUUUUUUUGCAAAACCCAUGCGAUCCAGAGGCUAUGUGACAAUGCUAGACCCUUUUCAGCAGCUUUAUGGAAAAAGGAUGGGAGGACUACUGUUUAUUCCAGCUUUAAUGGGAGAAAUGUUUUGGGCUGCUGCCAUCUUCUCUGCCUUAGGUGCAACUAUAAGUGUGAUCAUUGACAUUAAUGUCAAUAUUUCAGUUAUUAUUUCUGCCCUGAUUGCAACUAUGUACACACUUGUGGGUGGGCUUUAUUCUGUGGCCUACACUGAUGUAGUUCAACUCUUCUGCAUCUUCCUGGGACUGUGGAUCAGUGUCCCCUUUGCGAUGUCCCAUCCUGCAGUAACAGACAUUGGGCUCACAGCUGUGCACCAGGUGUACCAAGCACCUUGGCUUGGAUCUAUCAACUCACUUGACAUUUACACAUGGUUGGACAAUUUCUUUUUACUGACAUUAGGAGGAAUACCAUGGCAAGCAUAUUUCCAGCGAGUUCUUUCCUCAUCUUCUGCCACAUAUGCUCAAGUUCUGUCAUUCCUGGCUGCUUUUGGCUGUCUUGUGAUGGCUAUUCCUGCAGUACUCAUUGGUGCAAUUGGAGCAUCUACAGCUUGGAACCAGACUGAUUAUGGUGUCCCUGACCCCAAGAGUAAAAAAGAAGCAGAUAUGAUUUUACCGAUCGUGCUCCAGUACCUUUGCCCAGUCUAUAUCUCAUUCUUUGGCCUCGGCGCUGUGUCUGCUGCAGUGAUGUCCUCAGCUGAUUCUUCAAUUUUAUCAGCAAGUUCUAUGUUUGCUCGGAACAUUUACCAGCUUUCCUUUCGGCAAAAUGCUUCAGACAGGGAAAUUGUGUGGGUCAUGAGAAUCACUGUUCUUCUGUUUGGAGCAUCAGCAACAGCAAUGGCACUGCUGGCUUCAUCAGUGUACGGCCUGUGGUACCUCAGCUCUGACCUCGUAUAUAUCAUCAUAUUCCCUCAGCUCCUGUGUGUGUUAUUUAUUAAAGGAACCAACACCUAUGGUGCCAUUGCAGGAUACUUAUUUGGCCUUGUUCUCAGAAUAACUGGAGGAGAACCGUACCUCUACCUUCAGCCCUUGAUCUACUAUCCUGGCUGGUAUCAAGAUGAUAAUAAUAUCUAUGUCCAGCGAUUCCCAUUUAAAACACUUGCUAUGCUCACCUCCUUCCUUACUAAUGUUAUGGUCUCUUACUUAGCCAAAUACUUAUUUGAAAGUGGGACUUUGCCACCAAAGCUGGACUUCCUUGAUGCUGUUGUUGCCAGGUACAGUAGAGAACACAUGGACAAAGCGACUCUUGUAAAAAGUGACAAUAUUGUACUAAAUGAACUUGCACCUGUGAAUCCACGACACAGUCUAACUUUGAGCUCAACUUUCACGAACAAGGAAGCCUUCAACUACGUUGAUUCAAGUCCAGAGCUGUCCAACACUGAAGAUAAUUAAAAAAAUCUGGUAGCCACAGGCAAAAUAACGAGAAAUAGGAUAUUCUACAAAGAACAGUAAGAGGCAUUUUAUCGGAAGAAAAGGAAGAAUUGGGAAUAAAAUACCGCUGCACAUUCAAGUUGUUUCUAGGAGCAGGAGCAUGAGAGAAACUCUUUUCUGUUAUUAUCUAACAUGUUGGAUUAGUUCAUAGAGCUUUUACCAAAAUAUACACUCAGAUCCCAUUCUUUGCACCCAGAACUAUAUACUGUGCAAUUAAAAAAAUAUUUACAAUUGAAAAUACAUGUAGCAGAAAAUGUGCAACAGCUAUUUAGCUAGGAUAUCAUAUGAAGAGAUUAUAAUACAGUCACUCUGAAAUAUUAUCAGUCAACAUUUUAUUGGUACUAAGUGAAAAUAUAUUGUCACAGCUGGAAGUGAUUUAUCACUAAAGAGCUAGUUGCUUGAGCAAAGACAGAUAGAUAACUUCCUUGGAGUUUUGAUCUGGUCAUUUUUUUUCUCAUAAAGAAAUUUAAAUAACACAAUCUAGUAUUUUAUUAUUUGUAUGAGACAGCAAAAUGCACAAAUAGUAAUAAAUACCGUACGGGAGUGCUAAACAUCAUAUAUUAAUUUAAAAAAAGUUAAAAUUAAUUCACCAGUUUAAAAUUCUGUUGUACCUAAUGCAAGACAACCUUAAGCAAAGUGUGUUAAUAUAGGUGUUCUUUGUUUUCUUGUGGUUAGUGGCUGUCUCAAAAAUUCUUAAAGCAAUAAUUGGAGUUGAAAUUCAGCUUGUUAAAAAUGAUUCUUAUAAAAAACCCCUGAUAAACUAGAUAGAAUUUUUCAAUGUUGAGAAAAGAAGUCUUAUCUUGAGUUAUCAUCAAAAUGAACACUGAGCAAAGCACUCUGACAUGAAGCAACUGCACCAAUGGAAUAAAUAUUGAAAAGUAAGGAGAGUCAAGAAGGCUUGAAAAGACAUUUUCACAUACUGAAAAAAGUCUUCUCUAAGUUAUCGAAAAGUCUUUUGGUGUGGUCUUGCUGGGAUUACUCUGGAAAGUGUAGAUUUUCCAUAGAAAAUCACUCUUUCUCAAAAAUAUUUCAAAACACAGGCUUGUUGGACAGUUUUCCACAUCUGUAAGUGUCUGCCUCUAAAAGCAGCUUGGAGAGGAAGUCAGAGGAAAGCUGAAACCACAAGCAUAGCGAAAGUCACAGUGGUGUCUU